UAACCAAUCAGAGCGCGCGAAAAGCACUAUUCACCUUGUGUGGUAUAUACUAAACGCUAAUAGGUUUAUACUAAUGCAUAAUAAAGCUUUUCAAGUUAUUACUAGAGGCACUUUCAUUGGCCGGCAGUCAACCAUUACGAAUAGCGGGUGAUAUGCUUCUGAAAUAGAUAAAAACACACUAUGCGGAUACAUCAAAACUUGCUUUUACAUGUAAGGUUAACAACUUCAAAGUUCGUGACUCAGUUUAUAGAGUUGCUAUGACGAGUGUUCCUAUUUUGUAUCUGCUUGGGAUGAGGCUGCUUCAGACACUGAUUCUUCUGAGUAUGCGUGUUCAGCUUUCCUCCGGAGAGUUAUCAUUGGGGCCCCGAGAAACCUACGAUUGGCAAGCCUUCGUUGCCAACGAGGGUUACGAUUGCUUAAAACGCGUUUAUAGACAAGGCGAGUUUCCCAUUGUCACCUACGAUAAGACUUUUACACCCGACCAAGAAAGGGAAGUUCUCCUCGACAUUUACACAGCAACAAACGGCCAGCAGUGGUACAACAAGACCGCGUGGAAUAAUUCAACAGCUCACUGUACCUGGUAUGGUAUCACCUGCCACAACAACACAUACGUUAAAAGUAUUGUGUUGGCUUACAACAACUUGGAUGGUUCUCUUCCCUCAAAUUUGUGGAAGAUCCGGAACUUGAUGGCAUUGUGCACUCCUGGUAAUCCAAGACUGAGGGGACGCAUUGGCGACUUUUUGUUUGGAAAUAUGAGUAGACUACUCACCGUCGCGCUCAACGCAGCCUCUAUUUCAGGAGAUAUUCUUGAAGAAAUCGUCAAGCUGGGAAAUCUACAGAACUUCCUGGGAUGCACCAUGCGCGGUGAGGGGUUCACUGGUCGUUUGCCAGACGACAUAGGAAACAUGACAGAGCUACGAUUACUGUGUCUUGGAGGAAAUAACCUAACUGGACAAAUUCCAAGAAGCAUUCCUAGAUUAAAAAAGCUCUACUAUCUGGACCUCCGAAACACACCUGGUAUGAUGCAUGGCAAUCUAAGUGACUUAUUUUCGAAUUCCUCGUUGAGUAUUUUGUUUAUGUCUGGGGUCAAAUUAAUUGGCGAAAUGCCUUCAAUGCUGCCAGCAAAAUUAUCAACUCUCGUCCUUCCUGGAAACAACAUUUCGGGCCAAUUUCCUCAAAAAAUUCCGGAAAAUAACAGCCUUGUACAGCUAAACGUGGCAAACAAUCAACUGACAGGGGAUAUCCCAGGUCAGUUGCUUCUUUUUCCAAAUAUUGGAAUGAUCGAUUUGUCGCAAAACAAGUUUUCUUCUAUUAACAAUGGGAAGCCGUGGUCAAAAAAUGUCAGCGGAGGAGCUAAAUCGUACGUUUCGCUGGCAGGAAAUAGAAAUUUGAACAUUGAAUUGACAAGCUUUAUGGAAAUUCUUGUCAAGGGAGGUCCAUUAGUUUUAAAUUUGAGCAAUUGUGACAUAGAAAGUCCUUUGCCCGCAGACUUGUUCUACUUUGACCGCAUGACUACCUGCGAUUUACAUAAAAACAGGUUUUAUGGAGAGAUACCGGAUAUUUUUGUCGACACAUCCAUCCUGACUUAUUUUGACAUCUCCUCGAAUAACCUGUCUGGAAGCCUUCCAGUAGGGAUCCGAGAUCUCAUGUUCCUACAAUAUUUGGAUAUUUCUGGAAAUCCUUCUAUGCGAGAAGCAACUAGAGCAUCGUCGCCCGUCUUUCGUCCUGACUUUUCAAGAAUGUUCACACCACCUCAAGCAGAUAAUUUCACUUGUCCUGAAGGACGGCUCACAAUAAGCAAUGGCCGCAUCCGACUGGAUCCAACAUUUUACGACUACAAGCAUUGCGUCUGCGAUACAGGUUUCUACGGAGAUAGCGGACUGUGCAAGAAAUGCAUGGAUGGUGGGACGUGCCCUCAGUUUGGCUUCACUGAAUCAAAUGAUCUCCACCCAAACAUCAUGACAUUGCGAGGUGGCUACUGGCCCUCACCCACUCCUAACAAUGCCACCCAUCUGGCCAAGUGCCCAGUGUCAGCUGCAUGUAAUCCAUCAGAUUCCUGCACAUGUCGCCUCGAAACAACACCAAAACACACAAACUCGUCCCACUACAGACCUUCAGUAUCAUCACUGAUCACAACAUGCAAUCAAUCCUGCAUCUGUCAUCAAGGAAACACGGACAGGUUUUGCUCUCGUUGUCAAGACGGAUAUUAUAAACUUGGUGGACUGUGCUUCAAAUGUGCUAAGGGCGACCUAAUUUACUACUAUCUGUUUAUUCCUUCCUUUGCUGUGUCAUUCCUUGCUUUACUUUGGUCAUAUUUUUACUUCAAGCUGAAACCAAUCAAAUGGUUUGCAGUUACGGGAGCUCAUUUUCUGUUAAUGUUAACCUUGAUGUUGUUGGAAUUACUGCCAGCGUGGGUUUUCAAAUUAAAUCUGGUGGUCUUUGUGCUGUGUAUGACCAGUAGAGGAAAAGUUGCCCAAUCUCUCAUCAACAUCACAGUGUUUUAUAUCCAAACCAUGGAUUUUAUGAUAUCCAGUGUCAAUGUUUGGCCUAAAAAAGUCGUAGUGGCUCAGACGUACUUGAGUAGCUACUGGAACCUUUAUUUUCCUUCGCUUUCCUACGACUUACCUUCCUUUUUCACUCCCGUUGGUAAGUUUGCUUUUCUGCUUCUUCUUCCAGUUGCCUGUAUGGCAAUGAUAGGUUUGUAUUUCAUCAUCUUGAUGAUUUACGACAGGUUCCGUCCACACCAGCGACGCAUGGAAAACGUUCAUUUCAAAUGUCGUCAAAGUGCCUUCUUUUGCCUUAACUUCAGUUACUUUCCCAUUGUCAAGCAAACUCUCUCCAUUCUACGCCCAUGCCACAAUGACCGUGAUGUUCUUUACAUGCCAAACUUUCCCUGGAUUGAAUGCACCUCUCACACUUAUAAGACACUGUCAGCCCUUGGUGUCGUCUCUGUUGUUUUUUAUCUUAUUGGGUUUCCCUUGCUUCUCGUUUAUCUGAUGGUUGUUUCCUUUCGAAAGAGAGACAUCAUGAGUCCUGAAGAUCGCCAGAAACUUGAUGCUUGGCUUGGUCCUGCUUAUUUACCCUACAAACCAAAGUACCAGCACUUCUUCGAGAUUUUCAUGCUUCUUCGACGCUUGCUACUCGCCAUAGCGUUGUCUAUGAUUUCUUCUUCCUCUUCUUUGCAAACGUUUGUGGUUUGGCUGAUACUUAUGAUUUCAGCCAUUCCUUACCUAUGUUUAGAGCCCUAUAACAAACGGUCCAUUAACCGAUGGGCCCAAGAGAAUUUUUUCGAGCCCCUGGUGUUGUUCGUGUUGUCCAUGUCUUUUAUGCUAGUGAGGUUUUCGGCUUUGGACAGCUCCUACAAAGUUGCAUUCGUCUGGGUUGUGAUGUGUGUCAAUUCAUGUGUUCUGGUCGUUCUAGUAGGUGUUAUUUUGUAUCUUCUUGUUGUCACUGGAAAUAGUGAAGGCGAUGCGAGUGCAAGAGAAGACGAAAGCCAUAACGAUGACGAUAGACGCUGCUUGCUGCCUGUUAACGAGCACCCGGGUAACGUGUCUAUGGAUGACUCUGCCUGAAGCGUUAGCCUAAAAAACGCUUUCUCUUAUUUAAGUUUAAGCUCAAGAUAACGGAAAAUAAUUGUAAAGGUAGAGCUUAAUGCCUAUGUGAACGUUAUUCGACAUGGAACAAGGUUUAAAGUAUAACUUAAGGUUCUGUACAUACUCAUUGAUACUGCUGAUAGCUUCAACAGGUGCAUGUUUAUAACUUCAGGCUCUGAAUAUAUUUACAUGAACCCAAAAGUUCACCAUCGUCCUAUCGUAAAUGAAGGGAAACCAAUUAAGAAUCGUAAUUGAUGCUGUCAAACAAAAAAAAUGCUCGUAAAGUGAUAGGAAUCCAUGAGGAAGUAUGUGAGUUGACGCUUACCAAGUUCCCCGACCGCGUACAGGGGUUUUCUUUCUUUUUCUUCAACUUAAGCAGAAAAGACGUGGCGAUAAAAAGCUCCUCAAAUACCAGAGUAAAUCGAGCGGUUUUCACUUGAGUGUCAAAAGUGAUUCGCGUUUGCUUUUGUCUGCGUUACCAUACUACAUGACUGGCUUGGGAAACUCGCGCUACUUUGUCGUCCCAUCAGAAGUAAAACAACAACGAUCGUGACUCGCGGUUACAUGCUUUCUCGUACUUCGCAUCAGCCGCAUGAAAUUAUUUCGAGUUUUGAUUGGUUCAUUGGAUUGUUUGUGUCCUUUGUUAUUGACUAGAGUUAUUAUUUUGGUUUUGGUUUUACGACACUCAAUUGAGAAACGCUCCAAGGACAAUUUCAACUGCCUAAAUUCACCAAUCAAAGGCUACGUAAGCCAGCUCAUGGAUGAAUAGUUGACUUUUGCCUCUGUGACAAAACGAGUCUUUGUGCAAAACUAUUCGUAUGAAAAUGCAGGUCACCUGUACGUUCAUUCUCUUGAAAAUCAAGUCAUUUUCAUGUGAAAUGUUUUGCACGAGCAUUCGUUCUA